AUGUUUGGGGACACCUCUGAAGUGUUACCGGUCGCAGAAGGGAAAGGAUCAAGCUGGCCUACACAACGGUUGACAAUGACAGUGGCAUUUGCGGAUGGUGACCGAACUUGGUCUUUCGAUCUAUUUAGCAAACUUGCGGGACUAGCUCUAUUAAGCUUCGCUGCACUUUUUAUUCAGAGACGAUUGUUUCACCCGCUUCGUAAAUAUCCCGGUCCAUGGCUUAACAGCUUGAGUGAAAUUCCGGCGGCUAUAGCGCUCGCCUCUGGCCGUCAGCAAGCCUACUAUAGAAGACUUCACAGCAGAUAUGCUACAUCAUCAGGUACAAUCGUUCGAGUAGCUCCAAACGAGCUGAGCUUUGUCGAUCCCAACGCAUGGCAGGAUAUCUACAACCGGAAACCCCCUCAUAUGGAGAAACACCCGGUAUUUAUCGGAGCUGUUGCAAAAGUCGGCGGUGCUGUGGGCAUAAGCAUGGCUCCGUUGGCGACUAAAGACCACAGCCGACAUCGCCGGGCUUUAGGAUACUCUUUCGCCACAUCAGCCUUAGUGGAACAGCAGGAAAUUAUUUUAAAGCAAGUCCGAAAUCUUAUAUCUCAUCUCAAGGUGUUUGCGAGAAAAGAAAAGGCAAUCGACAUGACUGAUUGGUACACGUACACGACGUUCGACUUGAUGGGUGAUCUUGUCUUUGGUCAGCCCUUCGGAUGUCUUGAUGGAGAGGGGCCAACUGAGUGGUCGCGUGCAAUCAUCCAUGUCUUUGUUAGUGGCGCCUGGGAACAAGCCAUACGCCGCGUCGCCGGCGUCAACACUUGGGCAGAGUCAGUUCUCAAAAAGAUUCUCAUUCCUAAGAAGGUUGCACUGUGGCGCCGACUGCACUUCGCCAAAUCGAGAGAGACAACUUUGAAGCGCAUAAAGGAUGGACAGCGCAAUCACAAGGACCUGAUGUACUUUUUGCUGAAAAACAAAGAAGCCCGGCAGAAUCUCUCCGACCUAGAGAUCAUGAUCAAUAUGGUGUUACUCGUCAGCGCGGGCAGUGAGACGACUGCAAGCACGCUAACCGCAUGGACAUACUUCGUGUGUACCAAUCGAAGUGUACACAGACGGCUUCUCAAGGAGAUUCGUGGCAAUUUCAAGACAGCCGAGCACAUUGUGUGGGAAAAUACCCAACCUGAUCAGUUGCCUUACCUCGAAGCAACAAUUCACGAGGCACUGCGGCUGGUUCCGCCUCCUGCUUCCAGUCAACAGCGAGUAGUUCCACCUGGUGGAGCCGUCAUUUGUGGCGAACGCAUCCCUGAAGGUUACGCCGUUGCUGUGCCACCAGUUGCUGUGACUCACCUCGACAUAAACUUUGCAGAUCCAACUGGAUUUCACCCAGAGCGUUGGCUACCGCGCGACGAUGACGACUGGGAUGAGAAGUUUGCUAAAGAUAAAUUGGGAGCUUCGCAGCCUUUCUCUCUCGGCCCUCGGGCAUGCCUGGGGAAGACUCUAGCCUAUUUUGAGUUACGCCUGAUCCUAGCGAGUGUCUUGUGGAAUUUUGACAUUGAUUUGGCCCACGCGAAGGAGACAAAAGAUCUGUGGACUAUGGAAGACGACAUGAAAUACUUGAAGGGGUACUUAACUUGGGUUAAGCCUCCUUUACCUGUUAGAUUGCAGGAAGUUAAGCGCGAAGCGUAG